UCCCUAAGCUAAGAGGAUACAGCGCCACUUCAAGACACUUUAUUUUCUCUGGUAAUCCAAAUACAUUAUUAACGGUAACUCUGUGGCUUUUUUUCGAACUGUAAUCCAGUCAGGAGAAGCUCUCGGUUGUUGAGAAAAACAUAAAUUCUUGUGAUCAAGGAGUUUUACUGUUUGGAAAUGACUCUGUGGUAUAGUGGGUGAAGAGCGGAAGUGACGUGUGGUUCACUCAUGCGGGGUGAGCGGUGCAUCCGUUUUGCUUCCGCAUACCGAAAAUGCAGCGACAGGGGAGAAUUUGGACACUGUGCAACGGAUGAACGCGCUGACGUCACAGCGGUGACGGCGCUCUGACGUCUGCGCGUUCAUCUGUCAACUAUGUAGUAUGAUGACAGAUAUUGUCACAAAUCGUAGUACAGUCUUCAUUGUGAAUUAAUACCACAUCAUCGCGCCACGUAUUGACGUCAUAAAAAGCAAAAAUGCUCUGAUGAGAAAUCUUUUAACUACACCCCGAUUUAUCUGCCGGGAAACCGUUCUCACAAACGAAAAUAAGACUCAACACAGUAUUUGAAAGAGCACAUUAAAAACUGUGAGAAUGUCAAGCGACGACGAACAGGGAAGCCCCCAGCGGAGAGGGUCAAGGGAGGAGGGAGGACACGGCAGCCUCAUGUGGGUAGAAUCCGUCCCUGAUGAGGGAGCCUACCUCCUGAGAGCGCUGAAGCCGCAGGAAGUCUUCCAGCUCGUCCACGGAUGUGCUGGUGGGCGGACGGAGAGGAAGCUGGCUGCGCUGAGAGAAGAGCUCAGUCCAGAGGUCGUGGACGGCGCGAUGGAGGGGCUCGUCCAAGCACUCACCGGAGAAAGUGAGAGCAGCAGCCGGAGCCCCCCCACCGCCGAGUACAGAAGAGCCAGCAGGAGCGAGGUGUGGCAGAAGAUCAAAGAGCUUUACCACACACUCAACCUGUUCAAGCCAUCGGAGGGCGGGGCCUCUUGCCUGAAAUUACCCACUCCGAAACUUGGAGCUGAAAAACUCAAACGAGCGAUUAAAAAAAUAAAAGCAAAAAAACAAACCGAGGCUCCAGAAACACAGCUAAUGUCUGCAGAGGAAGAGCAGGAGGACGCAGACAUAGAACUAAAAGAUGUAGAAGAGCUUUCAGAAUUUGAAAGCCAAUCAUCAGAAGAGCUGUGUACCAAACAAAUGAAAGCUGCUGGUGCAGACAUGCUGAGGAGAGGUCGUGCCGGUGUCACCAUGCUAAGGAAAAGUUUGGAAAAAAUCCAAACGGCAAAUCUGACAUCCUGUCUUCCCAUGGAAGCAGGAAAAAGAUAUGCUGAAAAACUUAAAGCUGGUGGUGCCAAAAUCCUGAGGAAAAGUAGUGAAACAGUUCAAAGUUCAGAGGAGGAUGCUGAAACAAAACAGGAUACAGACUCUGAGCUGGAAGAAGAACAGCCGAUUAGGCUAAAAUCACGCUUUAGAGAAUCAGGAAAAAUAAGGGCAGCAAAAAUUAAAGCUGCUGGUGCCAAAAUUCUGAGGAAGAGCCUUGAAAAAGUUCAAAAUGCAGAACUCACGUCAUGCCUUCCCAGCAUGGAACCAGGUAAACAGUAUGCUGCCAAAGUAAAAGCUGCUGGUGCCACCAUUGUAAGGAAGGGUCGUGAAAAAGUUCAAAAUGCAGAACUUACGUCAUGCCUUCCCAGCAUGGAACCAGGUAAAAAAUAUGCUGCCAAAGUAAAAGCUACUGGUGCAAAACUGCUUAGAAAACAUGGAAAACUUCAACGUGCAGAAGAGGAAGUUGAGACACAACAAGAGAAUACAGAGUUUCAACUUGAAGAAGAAGCACGGCUUGAUGAGGCUGGAUUUCUGAAAACAACUUUGAGAAAUUCAGUUUCAAUGAUGAUUUCACAUGUUGUCUCAGAGUCAGGGUUUGGUUGUCAUUCAGAGAAAUUUUCUUUCCCCGUGAAUAGAUUCGUGGAAAGAAUUUGGAAUGAAGUGAAAGAUGAAAGCUUCCAGAUGGAUCAUGCCAAAAUUGUGAACAAGCUACACUUGCUUGUUUACAAGGAUCUGU